CCGUUGGGCUUUUACUACUCAGAGAAGAAAAUCCGUUGUUGUGGAGGGGAAGAGAGUACGAGAGGAAACUCAAGGAGGCACGUUAAGCAUUCAAAAGGGAGCGUUAAACCCAACUAUCGCCGGUGUUUUAUUUUAUUUUCCCCUCCACCCUACUUUUGCCGGUUUUGUUUAGCUAACAUGGCUUGCGGUGCUACGUUAAAGCGGUCGAUGGAGUUCGAGGCCCUCCUCAGUCCCCAGUCUCCCAAGCGGAGAAGGUGCAACCCGCUACCGGGGACUCAGAGCGCUCCGUCCCCGCAGAGAUGCAACCUCCGUACCCCAGUCGACAGCCCGGCACAUUCGAUGUCCCCUCAACCCGUCGGAGGCGAACACAGGCUCACCCCAGAGCAAAUCUUCCAGAACCUUCGCCAAGAGUACAGCCGGAUCCAGAGGCGACGGCAGCUGGAAGGUGCCUUCAACCAGACGGAGGCCUGCAGCUCCAGUGACGCCCCCAGUCCCAGUUCUACCCUCAACGCUCCCAGCUCCCCGCCUGGUGCCUCAAAGAAGGACCAGCCCUCGUUCACGCUGAGGCAGGUCAGCUACCUGUGCGAGCGCCUGCUCAAAGACCACGAGGAGAAGAUCCGAGAGGAGUACGAACAGAUCCUUAACACAAAACUCGCAGAACAAUAUGAAUCUUUUGUGAAAUUUACGCAAGACCAGAUCAUGCGAAGAUACGGAGCUCGUCCUGCGAGUUACGUCUCCUGAGCCGACAUCGCUGUGAUCCUGAACUUCUCUCACACGACGGCUGCUCUUCUUCCGCCUCCUCCUUUUUGAUUUAAUUUUUAUCUCCCCCGUUCCCUUCCUCCCUGCUCAGUUUGGGUGCCAUGGUUUAUUGAGUUUUAAUCCCCAAAAAAUGUUCCUUACCUCCAAACCUCUGCUGCUGGCCAAACAAUUGGAACAAUCAGAACAUUAAAUUCUGUAACCCCCCCACCCCCCUACUUAUUGUCUAUAUGUUUUUAUCAGCCAUCUUGGAAAAAGCAAAUGUUUAAAUAUAUUUUUCUUUUGUUUUGCUGCCGCUGUAGAAAAAGCUCACUGGCUUGUGAUGGUUCUGUAGAACGUCCCAGCAGUACCGUAAGAUUAAUAUUUAAAGGCUCCUGCUUCUCACAUUGCCCCCCCCUCACAACUCUGCCCGAGAUCGUGGAUUUUUCUCCCUUUUGAAUAAAACAAUAAAAGUUCUGUGACUAAAA